AUGUAUUCUUCCAGUGCAGGAAAUAGCCAUUCUUCAUAUUCAAAUCAACCUUACGGUAUACCUUCUAAGUCACCACCACCUCUUCAACAUCCUGUGCCUCAACACCCUAUUCCUGAUUUUGGUACAGCACCCAUGAUGCAACAGCAACAAAAGAUGCAUCAGACAUAUGAUCCUAAUGUUUAUACUCCUUCUCAGCAACAACAACAACAACAAGGCAACUUAUACACUCAGUUUGGUUUUAAUGAUCCCGCUGCUCAAAUGGGUAUGCAAUUUGCAGGCAAUGCUAUGGCUCAGGGUUCUGCUUAUGUAGAAAAGAAUUUUAAUAGAUGGGUCAAUAUGCCUGCACUGAGGCACUACUUUAAUGUAAGCAACACAUAUGUCAUAAACAAGUUGCGCCUCUUGAUGUUUCCCUGGAGAAACUCUUCUUGGAAUCGUCUGAUCAUGAGAUCAGAAACAGGUCAAAUGGAAGGCUUCAAACCACCUAGAGAAGACUUGAACUCGCCUGAUUUGUAUAUUCCUGUGAUGGCUGUUGUGACAUAUGUUUUGCUCUGUGGUUUAGCCGCUGGUCUUCACAAAAAUUUCCAUCCUGAACUGUUAUACAUUGCUGUCUCUACUUCAGUUGCUGUUGUUUUUUGGGAGAUUGUUUAUACAAGAUUAGGCUGUUAUUUCUUGAGUAUUCCAUUUGAAGCAUCCAUGCUGGAUUUGUUGUCUUACUAUGGAUACAAGUUUGUGGGUAUUAUUGUCACAGACAUUGCUCGAUUGAUUGGAGGCAAAGGCUAUGGUUCAUGGAUUGUAUUCUUCUAUACUGGUUUUUGUAUUAGUUUCUUUUUGCUUCGCUCAAUGCGAUAUGUUAUUUUACCUGAUGCAGCCGCUGGUCCUUCUACCAUGAACCCUCAACGUAAAAGACGUUUGUGGUUCUUACUCACAAUUGCUGCUCUUCAAAUGGUGUAUAUGUUCUUUCUUGUGAAUUAG